CAGAUGAUUUCAUUGACAUCUGUGAAGUAUAGAAACGUCAUCGAGAAAGAAAGUCCAGAGACAAAAUACAACUUUUCUUGCAGUGAUACAACAAAUGAUCUUUUCCAAAAACAAAAUAUUUCUCAACGGCUGAUUAAGAUUAUAUCAAUAGUUUCGAUUAGAAAUGGCCAAUGUCUUAGAAUCGAAUGUAGUUAGUUAUGUGUGUGCUUGUGGUCAUUUGAAUCCAAUAACAAAAUUGUUUUUUUGUCGACAUUGUCUGAAGCCAAGGUGCGGCUUUUGUGUGUGUCAUGAAGUCGAUUCUCACUUUUGUUACAAUUGUUUGGAGAAUAUUCCGUCGGGAGAGGCGAAGUUGAAAAAGUAUCGUUGUAACAAAUGUUUCGAGUGUCCCAGCUGUCAACAUACGCUAUCGUCACGAGCAACAACCGUUCAUGUUCCACGUGAUGGUGAUGCCAAAGCCGAGAAAAAUGAAAAGGGCGAAGCAGCAGCGGCUGGUGCAGCUUCACCAGCUCCAGAUGCCGAUAAAGCAACUAAAACAUCCGCACGUAAAAUGUACUAUUUAUCGUGUUUAGCUUGCCGGUGGACAUCACGCGAUGUUGGAUUGUCAGAUCAAACAAACGCUGCUGGAAAUUGGCCUGAAAUCGAAUACGCACACGCAACUCGGUUCUCAAAACUAAUGGAGUACUAUCAAGAUGUGGUGUUAGUUGAAAAGCAAGAGAAACAGGAUUAUUCGCGUCGGAUGACCCCGAAAAAACAUAAAUUCGGUAGUUUAACUGAUCGUACUGGUUUGACAGCAUCAAUAGUUCGUCGUCAAAUGGGAUGGUCUGAAAAACUCGCUGUUAAGAAAAAUCCAAAAAUUUUACCAUCCGAAGCAAGCGAAGAGGUUGAUGAAUUGCCUAAAGACAUCUUCACUCAGCCAAUCAACUUGAAAUCGGUCACAACACUGAAACAACGCUUGCAAAAUCCAUCGCUUCAACCAACAUCGGUGAAUAAUCUGUAUCCACAGCACAAAAGCAUUUCGAUCAAACGAUCGUUGCGUUGCAAACAAUGUCAACACAAUGUCUUGAAGCCAGAGUUCAAUCCACCGUCGAUUAAAUAUCGUAUUCAAUUGUACGCAAGUGCUCACAUGCCUGAUGUUCGUCUCAUCAAAUCGCAACCAAUUGUUCUCGGUUCAACGGACACAUUUACAAUUCAUUUGCGUUUGACGAAUCCAACACUACACGAUAUGACCAUAACGAUUAUGGAUUUGCCAACGUCAGACGAAGAGGAUCUGAUCAUUUCCGAGUUGAAGAGCAGUUUUGAAAAAAGUUUGAAUGCCUCUUCAACGGUAACUACACCCAGUGGCACUGGAUCAGCACCGAGCAGUCUCACUUCGCUGCCGUUGAGUCGUCAGCAAUCGAUCAUUGCCGAAGAAUUGCGACCGGUUGGCGAUGGAGUCAAUGCAAUGGUCAUCAUUCCGGAUUCAUCAUUCAUUUUGAAUUAUCGUGACGAUGCCGCCGAAUUCGAUGACGAUGAUCAAGUGAAAAAAGAAGAACUAAAAUUCAUCCUCUGGCGCAAAGCCAACAAAGUCGCAAUCGAAUUGAAUGUUAAACCACAAAUGAAUUUACUGAAGGUUGGCGAUGAUGUCGUCGCUGGCUUUACAAUGCAAUACACAUACGUGAAUACGGUCGUUGGGAGCACAGCAGCUAGCACCGCAUCGAGCAGUGAUAAAAAGGAAAGACACGCGCUUAGUGUUCGUGUUUACGUUCGUCUUGGACAAAUUCAACCCAAUUAAUCUUUAACCGAGCUAAUUUCGGCAACAUUUGAUUUAACAACUACGAAAAAAAUAAAUAAACGGAGGAAAAAAAGUGUCUUAAGUGCUUUUAAAAUGAACUGAAUUCUGAUUUCGGAAAAAUAAUGCAAUCGAUGAAGUCUCGUACUUCAACCGCGAAUUAAAUCCCUUUGAUUGAUGUUUUGUUUAUCGACAUUGAUAGUCUCGCUGAUAAAUGGGAUUUUCUUCUUUCAAAAAAAAAAACACGCAUUAUUCUUUGGAAAGCAAUCAUUCGCUUGAUGUGAGCUACUUCCUAUUUAUCAAAACGGCCGUAUCAAUUGCUGUAUACUCAUAAAUGAUUUAUUAACCAAAUAAAAUGCAGUAUUCACACAAA